UUAUUAAUUUAUAUUAUUGUACCUAUACCAAACGUGUUUGGUACGUGCUAAUGCCAAGUAUUCGGUAUUAUACCUCCAUAAUAUAAUAUAUUAUCGUGCACGCGCACACUGCAGCAGUCGGUCGGCGCGUUUCGUUGAAUAGGUACUACUGCGGCAGGCUGCACUUAGAUAUUAUAGUCGUCGACGCGUUUCGUUGUACAGCAAUAAUAAUAUUAUUAUAGUCGUGUUAAAUGACCAUCGUCACCACCGGCACGCAGACGACAACUGCAACUCCUCCGGAACAAUAAUGACCGACCGGUUCCGGACAUACGACAGCGAAUGUGGCGUGAACGGCGUCGGAGACCGUCAUCACUGGCCGAUGGCUUUCGGGGCCCCGCGCCGGCCGAACAAAAAAUUGACGACGGUCCGGAGGCCCGUCGCAGGAGGCGGCGAAGGACCGGAAGUCUGCCAACCGGACAAUGGGAUGUUGUUGUUGUCCUCGUCGUCCUCGUCGUCUUCGUCGUCGUCGUCGUCGUCGUCACCAUCACCGUCGCAGUCGUCCACGUCGUCCACUCCGUCGACGCAUUGCUAUUACGGCUCGUUCCGUCGUCCCAACUCCAACAACGUCGAAACCUGCGAGGCCAUCGAAUGGGAAGUCAUGUCCAAACACUUUGCCAGAUUGCCACCAUUUAUUAAAGAUAAAAAUGCGAAACAGUUCAACAGCGGAAAUCCACAAACGAAUAUACCACAACAUCAUCAUUUACAAUAUUACAGCGAUCUGCACAAAUUGCAUCAGGUGGCAUACGCCACCAGAAACCCUAUACCUAGAAAACCGGUGGUGGCGGCGGCGGCGGCGGCGGCUCAUCAUCAGCCGUGCUGCAAACCGUGGCAAUGGAGCCCUUACGGAGGACCCGCCGGAACGUUUAUGAAUGCCUAUUACUUGUCGGAGCCACAAAGGUAUGACAAUCACGCUAAGAACGUUAUCCUGGAAGACUCGCUAAUACAAGUGGACGAGGCAGACAAACUGUCGUCGGAAGUCUGGCACGCGUACUUGGACAACCGCCAGUCCGAGGGCGUUUACGCAACGAAGAUGGCCAUGUGGCGCAGGCUGUCGACGCUGAUCAAGAGCUGGGCGCCCGGCUGCGGCCUGUACCUGGUCGGGUCCACGAUGAACGGUUUCGGCGGCGACGUGAGCGACGCGGAUUUCUGCCUGCUCACCGGCUGCACGGCGGCCGCGGUGGUCAACACCGGUGUCCGGCAACACAAGGCCGUGACCGAGGAGCGGCACCGGAUAUGCGCCGUCGAGCGGCUCCAGUGGCUGAUGGGAUUGCUGGACCACGAGCGGAUCAACGGCAAGGUCGGCACCGCGGAAAUGCGCAUCGUGUACGCUAAGGUGCCCAUACUCAGGUUCCGGUGGAUCGGCGACGGUGGCUGCAAGAUGGACGUGGACUUUUGCUGCAACAACGUGGUGGGCAUUCGCAACACCCAUCUGUUGUACUGCUAUUCGAGGCUCGAUUACCGGGUCAGGCCAUUAGUAGUGACCAUUAAACUUUGGGCGUCCCAUCACAACAUCAACGAUCCGAAAAAAAUGACGUUAUCCAGUUACUCGCUGGUGCUGAUGGUUAUCAAUUUCUUGCAAAGCAUAACGCCGCCCGUGUUACCGUCGCUGCAGUGCAUCUAUGGCAUGAAGUUCUCGUCAUUCACUGACAUCGAAUUCGUGCACAUGCACGAACAGUUGCCUAGCAGUGGUUGGAGAAGCGACAAUAAACAGAGCCUCGGCGAGUUGCUUUUGCAGUUUUUCGAAUACUACAACGAUUUCAAUUUUUAUAAACACGCGGUGUCUGUAAGAAUGGGAUCACCGAUACCCCUAGAAAGCUGUCGGAUGGCCGACGCGGUAAAAAACAAUCCCGGACAAUGGAAAUUCAUAGGGAUCGAAGAACCUUUUGAAAAAACGAACACAGCACGGUCUGUGAAUAACCAUAAUGUAUUUGCUCAAAUCAAAGAAGCCAUCACUAAUAGUUACAAUCAGUUGAAAGAAACGAUGUUAUUGGAUUCAAUAUUUUGUUAGUUUGUAAUAUAUCAAAACCGAAAAAUCAAAAAAAAUAAUAAAACAGCAAAACUACAAGAAAAAAAAAAUUACGAAAACGACAAAAAAACUUAGUGUGGCUUUCGUCUGACAUUGUUAUAUAGCGUAUAGUUACUUUUUAAGAAAGGAAAACUCGGUAAAUCCACGUGAUAAUUAAAAAAAUCGAAUAAAAAAAAAAAAUUGUUUUAGCGAAUACAAAAAUUAAGUAAAAAAAAAAAAAAUUGUUUGAAUUUAUAGCACUUAAGUAUUAUUAUAUUAUAUUAUAUAUUGUUGAAUUUAUAUUUAUAAGAAAAAACCUCCACAUGAACGCCAUCAGUCGAAUAUAACACUUUUUAAUUUGUUACUAUUCUUAUAUAUAUACUACGUAUUAUAUUAUUAUGAAAUUAAAUCAGUGCUCUCUCAUAGGUAGUUAGUUACUGAAGGUUUUGGAAUAAAAUUGCAAGCGUAAACCUGUAUUUAGUUAAAUUUAUCACUGUGUUGACUAAGAUGUAUUUUGAAUUAUACAUAUAGAUUCUAUAGUAA